AUGGACGUAUCUUCACAAUUGGAAACUCAAACUUCAAAUUUUAAACCAAUAACCGUACCUGAAAAGCCAAUUCCUUUAGAUUUCGAUCUUGCAUUAUUGACUGCCUAUGAUAUAAAUUUGCCAAAACCAAAACCACCAACGAAAUGGGAAAGAUUUGCCAAAUCGAAGGGCAUACAGAAAUAUAAAAAAUCAAGAAAAGUUUAUGAUGAUGUAAAAGAUGAAUGGGUUCCUAGAUGGGGUUAUAAAGGCGCUAAUAACGAGGAGUUAAAUGAUUGGUUAAUACCUGUACCUAAUAAUUCUGAUCCAUAUGAAGAUCAAUUUGAUAAAAGACGUCAGGAUAAAAAAGAGAGAAUCAAUAAAAAUAAAGCACAACAACAAAAAAAUCUUGAAAUUGCUCAAAAACAAGCACCAAGCAUCAUCAAUAGCAAUAAUAGUAGUAACAAUAAAUCUUCAAGAAGAUUAGAAUUACAACGACAGAUUGCAAUCACUAAAACUUCAACUGCCAGUGUUGGUAAAUUUGAAAAACAAUUAGAUAAUGAACCAAAAUUAAAGGGUAUUAAAAGAAAGUUUGAAUCAAAUAUUGGAGAUGUUAAUAAAGAAAAAGAAUCAAAUUUACAUAUAUUAAAUAAAAUUGUUGAUAAAAGUCCAAAGAAUAUCUUAAAUGUUAGAAAGGAAACAACCAACUAUAAUGAUGAUAAAUUAGAUAAUGAAAAUAUAUCUAAUGAAUCAAAUGACGAAUCUGAUGAUUACGAUGAUUAUGAUUCAGAUGAAGAAGCAAUUUUGAAUAUUAAGUUGGAUGAUGACUAUGAAAAAGAGGAGGAAGAUGAAGAGGAGGAAAAAAAUUCAUCCAAAAAAUCAAUCAAUCAUAAUAAUGAUGACAUCAGCAACGAUGACAAUGAUGAUAUACCAGACCUAACAUUUGAAAUGAUUACAAAAUGGCAAAAAUCUAUUACAGAGUCAAAAUCUUUGAAAUCAACACAUCGAUUAAUCCUUGCAUUUCGUGCAGCAGCUCACCUUAAUGAUGAUGAAAACGAAAAAACUUAUUCUUAUAAGAUAACUGAUCCGACAGUAUUUAAUAAUCUUCUUGUAAUAUGUAUGAAAUAUAUUCCUGGAGUUUUCAAUCAUCAUUUAAAGGUGGAAGAUACUGAUGUAUCAAAAAAUAAACUUCCAUGUUUUAAUCAUAAAUGGAAAACUCUUGAACUAAUGGUGAAAUCAUUUCUAAACAAUGUUCUUUAUAUUCUUAAACAAUUAACAGAUAAGAAUAUGAUUAAUUUUUUUGCAAAAGAGUCUGAAAAAAUUCUUCAUUAUUAUGCAAGUAUUCCCAAAUUGGCAACUCAAUAUCUAAAGGCUGUUUUACAGAUUUGGGGAUUUGCUGAUGAUAAAUCUAGAAUUUUAAUUUUUUUGAAUAUUCAUAAACUUGCAAUUCUAGCACCACCACCAUUUAUUGAUUUUUGUUUGAAAACAACAGCUUUUACCAUACCAUCUAUUAAUCUUAUGGGUAAUUGUGCAGUUCAGAUUUAUGGUAUUGAUUUCAAAAGUUCAUAUCAAUCAGCUUUCAAUUAUAUAAGACAGUUAGCAAUUAAUCUCAGGAACGCAAUGAAUGUUAAGAGCAAGGAUAGUCAUAGAUUAAUAUAUAAUUGGCAAUUUAUUCAUUGUAUUGAAUAUUGGUCAAGAAUUUUAGGAACUUAUUGUGAUCAAAGAAGAAUAGCCGAAGGAGGGGAAUCUUCUUUACAAGAAUUAAUCUAUCCAUUUGUUCAAGUUACCAUUGAAUAUUUUCCACUUCGAUUCCAUUGUAUUCGUUCAUUAAUUAAUCUUAUUAAAACCACUGGAACUUUUAUCCCAUUGGCAACUUUUCUUUUUGAUAUAUUACAAUCAAAAGAAGUUGUACGUUCACCAAGACCAUCCACUUUGAAACCAUUAGAUUUCUCGAUCAUUCUCAAGGUUCCAAAGAAUUAUCUACAUACUAGAUCAUAUCAGGAUGGAAUAUGCGAGGAGUUAUUUGAAUCAUUUUUAGAGUAUUAUGCUUGUUUUUGUAAAUCAAUAAGUUUUCCUGAAUUGAUAAUACCUGGAGUCGUUCAAUUGAAACGUCACAUUAAGCACUCUUCAAAUUUUAAAUUCAACAAACAAUUACAACAACUUAACGAAAAGAGAUCCUUUUUGAAAGAUAUAAGUCCUGAUUCCACUCCACUUGGUAAAUUUGCAAAAUCAAUGAGAUUAUUAAAAGAGCAACAAAAACAACCAUUAAAGAUGGAUAUAGAUGGUAAAUAG